UCAAAUUACUAUGUCGUCCGUUUUGGUACAAAAGGUUUGGGGCACGCUGUGGACCGCGGGAUCGAUGUGCCGCUUUCGGCAGCACGUCUGCCAUGUUUCCCACCAGGUCAACAAUGUAGCCAGCGAGGAGCAGCGGAUUUACGACGAGCCGUACGUCAUCUUCCAGAACUGGCUGAUGGCCGCCCAAAGAGAGGCGCCUCAGGUGCGACCGCGUCUCGCCUGUAUGGCCACUGUGGAUAAAUCCGGGGAACCCGUGACCCGUUUGACCAGCAUUGAGGAGGUAAGCGCCAACGGAAUCACCUUCUUCACGACCCUGGGCAGCCGGCAGGCGGGCGAGAUUAGCGCCAAUCCGCACGUUUCGCUGCACUUCAACUGGGCGCCACUCAUGCGCAGUGUCCGGAUAGCAGGAUCCGCCCACCAGCUGACGAAGGAGCAGGCUCUGGAUCAGUUCCGAAGAUACCCACGGCACAUCCAGAUGUGCAUCACCCACGGGCCACGAUAUGCGGCGGCCGACUGGGAGUCCCGGUCUGGAUUUUUUGCACAGGUCGUACAGCGCUUGAACACGUGGCUGGGCAAGAAGCCGGAGGAGAUCCAAAUGCCACCGAACUGGGGAGGAUAUCUACUGACACCAAGCCUUUUCGAAUUCGGGAUGCUUAGCGGUCAAAAGGCCGGAAGGACUCGGGUGCGAUUCCGUCGCUGUCUCGAAAUUCCAAGGGGAACAAGAGUUGGCAACAUUCAAGCUGAGAGGCAGGAUUGGGUCUAUGAUUCGUGUGAGGAAAAUUAGUUUGGGAUUUCCUUACGAUCUGAUUCGGGUGCAAUUCUCUCGAAAUUAUUACCCUGUAGUCCCCUAAUCAUAUUCAUCGCUUUCCGUUAAGUGUGUAUUUCCAUUAAUCACUAAAUUUUAAGUCAAUUAAAUUUAAUUGUAAAAUCG